UCAACGCUAACUAAUACGUGCAAAAAUAACGUGACAUAGAGUUAAGUAGUUGAACUAACAAUUUUGCCUGGAUCAGGCUAACGCUGCGGCGGCGGAGGUGAACCGUUUCAUCUCGCAGGCCACGAACGGGCGCUUGAACAACACCAUCUCCCCUGGCACAUUCGGGAGCAGCACAAAGUGCGUCCUUGCCAACGCCAUGCACUUCAAGGCGACGUGGGGUCGGAAGUUCGAGUCGUACGACACCCAGCGCCGCAGGUUCCACCGCCAGGACGGCACGAGGGUGACGGUGCCGUUCCUGUCGGACCCCAGGACGCACUACGCCGCCAGGUUCGACGGCCUCGGGUUCAAGGUCCUCCAGCUCUUCUACAAGAUGGUGGGACACGACGGCCAGGUCCACUUCGGGGCGCCCUGCUUCUGCAUGCUCGUGUUCCUCCCGAUCAAGCGCGACGGCCUCCGCCACCUCCUGCGCAUGGCCGUCACCGAGCCGGACUUCGUCAUGCGGUGCGUGCCCCGGAGCGAGCAGGAAGUCUCCCCGUGCAUGGUCCCUAAGUUCAAGUUCUCCUCCGAGCUCGACGCCCGCGGUGCGCUGGCAAAGCUCGGGCUGGGCGCGCCGUUCGAUCCUCUCGCCGCCGACCUGUCCAGGAUGGCUGUGAGUGUGAACACGCCGCCGGAGAGGCUCUAUGUGUCGGCAAUGAGGCAGAAGUGCGCCGUGGAGGUCGACGAGGAGGGCACGACGGCGGUGGAGGCGACGUACUCGUGUUGCAGCCCGACCUAUAGCGGACCGGAGUCUCCCAAGCCGCGGCCAAUGAGCUUCGUGGCAGAGCACCCGUUCAUGUUCGCCAUCGUGGAGUAUGAGAAGGCCCAGGUCUUGUUCCUCGGGCACGUCAUGGACCCUUCAAAUGAGGAAUGACUUGGUUAAUGCGAUUAAUUAGUUGUAGGAUAUGCCGAUUAAUGGAUGGUUUCAAUUUACUAAUACUAACUGUCUAGUAUGUCAAAAUGCCCAGUGAUGCGUUGGGGCCUGCUGCCUCAGUUGAACUUUAAGCCUUGAGGUGCAUCGCGCAUUCAAGUAGGAGUAGUACGUCAAUCGAAUUUGGAUUUGUAUGUUUAUACAAUAUCUUAUAUUAUUAUGGUCUAUUUUAUUAAAU